AUAGAAGCAGCUUUGAAAAUGUACGAAUCUUAUCGAAACGUGCAUUUAUUUAAUAUUAAAACGUGGCCCCACCCUACCCGCCAAUUUUGGUAGUAAGUAGUAAUACUGACUGACAUAACCAGACGGCACCGUAUGGUGGAACCUCCCUUCCUCCGUCCACAUCACUGCAAACAACUGAUACCAGUUACUUUACCAUUUAUCACUAUUCUAUUGUCACAAUCAUUCAUAAUCAUCAUCAUCAUUGCUAUUUAUUACUACUGCUAGAGUAUCGCUUGUGUUUUUUGAUCUAUAAAAAUGGGGAAAAAACGUGUAAUGCUGCCGGCAAAGGACGUUGACUUGUCUUCAGUUAAAUAUGAACCUGAAAUUGUUCAAGCUCCGCGUUUGACUGGCUUUUUGUUUAGAUUGUUUGUGAGGUUACUUGAAGCUCCAUUCAUAGGUUCUCUCCUUUUGACUCAUUUGAAGAAGGAAAAUAAAAUCAAUGAGUUAUUGCGGCAUACUGUGAUACCCGAGGAACCCAUGUUUAAACCUGAAUAUCCACCUCAAGAAAAGGAACAUGAUGUUGUUGUGCUUGACGAAGAUGGGAAACCUGAAGACCGGGUUAAGUCUGCCUUGAACUGUCUUCCACAUUAUGAUCCUGCUAAAUUAUGGGAAAAUUCAUCUGCACCCUUUCAAUACUGGAAAAUACGCGACUAUGCUUAUGCUUAUCAGUUUGGAAAAGUAACCCCAUCUAUGGUUGCUGAGCGCAUCAUCUCAAUUAUAGAGGAGAAUGGAAUAGAUAAACCUCCAACACCACUAUUGCUAUCUUUUGAUGCUGCAGAUCUCCGAAAGCAGGCGGCAGCAUCUACUCAGAGGUUUGAAGAAGGAAAUCCAUUAUCAAUAUUGGAUGGAAUUUUCAUUGCUAUCAAAGAUGAUAUAGACUGCCUUCCUUACCCGUCUAACGGGGGAUCUACAUGGCUGCAUGAGGUACGUGCUGUAGAGAAGGACGCUGUCUGUGUUUCAAGACUGCGUAGUUGUGGAGCCAUAUUCAUAGGGAAGGCAAAUAUGCACGAGUUUGGCAUGGGUACGACAGGAAAUAAUUCUAAUUAUGGAACUGCAAGAAAUCCUCAUGCACCUGAUAGAUAUACUGGUGGAUCUUCGUCAGGUCCAGCUGCAAUUGUUGCUUCUGGACUAUGUUCUGCUGCACUUGGAACUGAUGGUGGAGGUUCGGUCCGUAUUCCUUCUUCCCUGUGUGGUGUGGUAGGAUUGAAGAUAAAUUACGGGCGAAUGAGCAUGGAAGGGUGCUUAUGUGAUUCUGGGACAGUGGAAGUUAUUGGACCCAUUGCUUCAUCAGUAGAGGAUGCAAUGCUAGUGUACGCUGCAAUGUUGGGUGCAUCGCCUGCAAAUAGAAUCAGUAUGAAACCGUCAACACCUUGUUUGCCAACUUUGUCGUUCAAUGAUGAUACAGAUGCUUUGGGAUCAUUAAGAAUAGGGAUCUACACCCCAUGGUUUAAUAAUGUUCAUUCAACUGAAGUCUCUGAUAAAUGCGAGGAUGCUCUUAAUUUGCUGAGAAAGGCGCAUGGUUGCGAAGUGAAAGAAGUUGUUAUACCAGAGAUUAUGGAGAUGCGAACUGCCCAUCUUGUUUCCAUUGGUUCUGAAUGCGCAUGUUCACUGAAUCCUGAUUGUGAAGACGGGAAAGGUGCAAAAUUGACAUAUGAUACUCGCACAAGUUUGGCACUUUUCCAGACGUUUACAGCAGCAGAUUACAUUGCAGCCCAAUGUAUUAGACGAAGAAUUAUGCAUUACUUCUUGGAGAUUUUCAAGAAAGUUGAUGUCAUAGUGACUCCAACAACUGGCAUGACAGCGCCUAAAAUACAUCCAAGUGCCCUUAAAAGUGGUGAAACAGAUAUGCCGACUACAGGUUACCUUAUGCGGUUCGUUGUUCCAGCUAAUCUUUUGGGAUUCCCUGCCAUUUCUGUCCCGGUGGGUUACGAUAAAGAAGGACUUCCAAUAGGUUUGCAAAUAAUUGGCCGACCCUGGGCAGAAGCUACUAUUUUGCGAGUAGCAUCUGCAGUUGAGAAACUCUGCGGUGAGUCACAGAAGAGGCCUGUCUCAUACUAUGAUAUUCUGAGGGCUAACUGAAGCUUAAGAUACUCUUGCUAGUUAUUAAUCUGUGGCUGAAAUCUUCUAGCUUUAUUUGGAGAUUGCUAUCCUUUUAACAGGAUUUACAGUUUGGUAAAGUUCUUCGAAAAUAAUCAAUCUCUACGAAGAAGAUUGUAAUAAUCUACAGAUAUGAAAUAUUGUUUGGAAAAUAACGGAUGAGGAUAAAAUGCACACUAUCUGGGUGUAGAAGGGGAGCUUCUUCUCUAAGAAUUUCAACAGGAUUUUGUGCGAAGGACUGUUCAUGGCUUGGCUACUCUUAAACAUUUUUGUUAAUUGUUAUCCUCUGAAAUAUAUUUCAUUUCAUAUUUGAUGUAACCUCUCUUACUACUGUUCUAUAAAUUAUAAACAUAUUUGUAGCAUCCAUUUUUUUUUUAAUGUUAUUUAGAGGAGUUUUAAUUAUUUUUUUAACA